AUGGCGAACGUCGAAGUUGACUCGGCGCAUAAGCCGCCUACUACCAUCCUCACUCUUCCUCAAGAACUGCAAGACGACAUCCUCGACCGCGUCCUACUCUCCACGACCGUCCACAUCGAGGAAGGCACGCGCCGCGACUUCUCACCCGACGACGAGGACAUGUUUGGUCCCCUCAAGCGGAAGCUGACCAAUACCGACAUAUCUCGCUUGUCUGACCUCCCUCACGAGAUCGCAUCGCUCAAGCUCGUUUGUCGUCAGUUCGCAAAGACGGUUGGCGGCAAGUGGCAUUCCAAGGUCACCUAUCACUUCCCGUCCACCAUCUCCUUCAUCGACAUUCUACGCCAAUGGCCAGCCAGCAAAGUUAGCUCCCUCCGCUAUGCCUAUAUACGCAACUUCGACUGCAUUAUCACGAACGAUUACGGCUUCAUGGGCAUGGACAUUAGCAGUGCCCUCUCCUUCUUCCCUGGCCUACAACUCGACACUCUGACUGUUGACAACAUGGCUCUGGCUCCCUCUGGCCAGAAUGUCGCCAAUCGUGACGCUGGGUACUCCAUCAUCCACUUCGAGCUGGAGCGACUGCCCUUCACCAAUGGCUGGAAGACCCUCGAGUACCUCUCCGGACCACUUUGUCUCCUUCCGUCCCAGCAGCGCGAGUCGGAGGCUAAGGUAGCACAACACAAGACUGAGAAAGAAGAGUGCGACUUUCACCUCGACAUCGUGGGAACGGUCCGCCCUCAGCUCGGUCAUCUCGCCGAAUUUCGCGAGCGCAUUGCAGACGGCUCUGGUGUCCCGCCUUGGGUGGCCGCUCAACUGGUGGAGUUGGACGAGUGGUAUGCGAAGCACCCAGAAGCCGGCAAGCCGGGCGAAUUCCCAGCGAAGGAGGUCAAGGAGGUCAAGGAGGUCACGGUCCGUGUUCAGCGCGGAAGCAAGGCAAACUACGCAGAAGAUGGGUCGGGCUCGCACAACUCCGACGAGGAACUGUUGAGGAGCUCGAAUUGGAUGGAGGUGAGGAAGGGUGAGGACAAGAUCAUCGACGAUAGCAUGCACACGCCAUUCCGUAGCCGUGCAGAGCAGCUGAAGUAG